AUGUCAGGAUGGAAUUUUACUAUCGAAAAUUGUUCGAGCGUGGACAACUGCAGUCACAAUGAGUCUGGCUCUGUGUGGUACACCGACAAGACACCAAUAGAUGUCCAAGACAUUGUCACCCUCUUGCCGUGCUCGAUUACGUUUCUCGUUUGCACGUUUGUCUUGAUCGUUCUCUUCAAAUCAGGCGAAGCUCGAAAGUGCCCAGGCCAUCUACUGAUUGCAAACGCAACGUUUGGAGACUUAGUUGGAGUUAGCGUGUUGAGUGUGCGCUCGUGGGUGUAUGCACAUCCGAUGACGAUGACCGAGUCCAACAAGAUCAUCUGCAAGGUCUACUAUUUCUUCUUCGUAUUUAUGCAUGCUUGGACUGGAUGGUCCUGCGCCGUUCUAGCGUAUGACAGAUAUGACAUGGUAGCGCGACCGUUGAAUAGAAAAUUGACACUGAAAAAGGCGAAAUUGUGCGUCGUCGCCAUUAUUGUCUUUUGUGCUCUCUGGGCAGCGUGUCCUCUCAUCGGAUGGAGCGAAUAUCGUUUGCAAAUCAAUGGAGCUUGCAGUAUGGCGUACACCGUCGACAUACCAGAAGAGAUCGGCAGUGCGAUGUUCACUCUCUUGUUUUUCACCAUCAAUUACAUCACACCUCUUAGUAUUGACGUCAUUUGCUUUAUUCGAGUUCUGAUCAUAGCGCUGUCUCAUAUGCGACGCAAGAGAUCAUUCUCCAGACGAGUUUCACGUCAUUCUACGAGCGUCUCGGAAUCGACUGACAAUGCGAGAGUAACGUCUCCUCUUGCCAUAAUUGCUUCGCGUCCUUUCAUUGUCGUCACCACAACUAUUGCAUCAGAUGUUCUUCUGUCGGCACCAUAUCUCAUCAUUCUCGUUCUAAGAAAGGUCGGUGUCAUACCGCGGGACGCGUACAUCGGAGUCGUUCAGGUGGUUCGUUUUGGAAUGCAUCUGACUGCAUACAAUCAUCUCUUCAAUGCAGUUCUUUACACUAUCUUCGUAAAGAAUAUUAUCUCGUCUGCAUUUCCAUGCCUCAAGCGAUACAAAAAGAACAAGAGAAUAAACCAAAUUCUCCAACUUCGUGUCCUUGCCAGAAACAAGACAUCUAGCCAACAGACUUGCACUACACCAGUUGUAGCAUCAGCAGACGACGUCUUCGAGUGUGAUCUAUAA